AUGAGUAAUUUACAAGUGGCAUUGACGGACUUUUUAGAACAUAAUCAAAUAUGGCCCAUAAUUGUAGGAGUUGGCUCAGCAGUAGUGUUGGCAACCGUGGUGGCAAACUUAUUUUGGGGAAGAAAGAAAAAUGGGCCAAAGGGAAGUUCAAAACUUGUUGCGUUAGUAGACCCUAAUACCAAGUAUGCUCUGCCACUCAUUGAAAGAGAGGAGAUCAGUCAUGAUACAAGGAGAUUCCGCUUUGCACUACCCUCGUCUGAACAUGUUUUAGGCUUACCAAUUGGUCAACACAUUCACCUGUCAGCUAAAAUGGACGAUGACCUUAUCAUAAGGGCCUACACCCCUGUGUCGAGUGAUGAGGAAAAGGGUUAUGUUGACUUGGUAGUUAAGGUAUACUUUAAAAAUGUACACCCCAAGUUCCCGGAGGGAGGCAAGCUGUCGCAAUAUUUAGAGAAUAUGAAACUGAAUGACACCAUUGAUGUUCGAGGGCCAUCCGGUAGACUUCAGUACACAGGCAAUGGUCUAUUUUUAAUUAAGAAGUUGCGAAAAGACCCACCCACUAAGGUUAUGGUUAAAAAGUUAAACAUGAUUGCGGGUGGUACCGGCAUCACUCCAAUGCUUCAACUUAUACGACACAUAUGUAGAGACGCCAACGAUAAAACCCAAAUGCGACUGUUGUUUGCCAACCAGACGGAAGAAGACAUCUUGCUAAGAAAUGAGUUGGAAAAGUACCAAGCCGAGUAUCCGGAACAGUUCCAAGUUUGGUAUACAAUUGACAGACCUAAUGAAGGAUGGAAAUACAGCGUCGGAUUCAUCAACGAUGAAAUGGUCCGUGAUCAUUUACUGCCGCCAUCUGACGAUGGCUUAGUACUUAUGUGCGGACCACCGCCCAUGAUCAACUUCGCUUGCAAACCGGCUCUUGAGAAACUUGGCUACAAGGAAGAACUGUGUUUUGCAUACUAG